AUUCUACCACACUCGACGCAAUUUCAUAAAUUGUGUGAUACCUCAUCCUUUGUUUGGAUGAACCUUUGUACGUAGAUGGUAUCGAGUAAAAUUUUACGUCGCAAAAUUGGCGUUGUAGGACUAACGCAGAGAAAAAAUUGAGGUCAUGACAGUGGCAAGUGAAUUCAUCUGCUUCUAAAUGAAUAUGGAAUAUUGUCUUGGGUAUAUGAUGUGGCGUGACAUUACUUAUGGUACGUGUGAUUGGUGUUGCGUGACAAGCAGGUCAGUACUAACCUAAAACGCUAGUGAUCAAAAUGGGUGGUCUGUUGGCAAAAUGUGUGGGAAGUUCUACAGAGGAGCAAGCUAAUCCUUUAGGAGUUGUAGAACCAUACCAAGUGGAGCUGUCUUUGGCAGGGGAAGAGGAGAAAAAUGAAGGGGAAGUGGAAACAGAAGAAACCAGCGACGAGCCUUUGGACCCUGAAAAGGCUCCAUAUCAAGUCUUCCUGCUUGAAACACUUAACACUUUCAGAAAGGAGAGGCUAUUUACAGAUUUUACCUUAAAAGUGAAUGACAAGGAUUUUCCAGUCCACAAAAAUGUACUGGCUGCAAGUUGUGAUUACUUUAACGAACUCUUUUCUAAACAUGAUGAUUCUAAUUUUGUUCUACACGAGCUGGCUAAACUGGAGCCGAGUGCCGUGGAAAAUGUCAUUAACUUCUUAUACACUGGAAAAUGUAAAUUGGAUCGACACAAUGUAACCUUGAUGCUGCACGCAACCAAAGUUUUAGGAAUAGAAGAUUUGCUUGAUCCUCUGGAGAAAAAUAUGGCUUUGGCUUCUGUUAAAACGAUGAAUGAUGAAGCUCCUAAACGAAAAAUGUUUAAUUCACACAAUCAGGGCACUAUGUUGUCCAAACUUUUAACCUUCCAAAGCGAGGGAUUGUUCUGUGAUCUAACAUUAACAACGGGAAGUGGCAUCGUUAUUCCUGUUCAUAAGAACAUUCUAGCAGCUGUAAGCUGUUAUUUUAAGGGGCUUUUUCGCUCUGAAAUGAAGGAAGUUCACGAAAGUAAUGUUGAAUUAGCUGUAAUAGAUGAGGUUGUCAUCGAUGAAUUGUUAAAUUUUGUUUAUAAGGGAGAGAUUACAAUCACUUUUGACAAUGCAAGGAAUUUAUUACAAGCGAGUGAUUAUUUGUUAAUAGAGCGCUUAAAACGAAGGAUUAUUGAAUUUGUGAGAGAUUCCUCGACGUUGUCCAACUUCUGGCUCGUUUAUUCUCUCGUUAGAAGCUUUGAUUGUCUCAAUGAGAUUUACCAAGAAAUAUUGAAUCUUGUGUGUAAUCAUUUUUGGAGUAUUGCAUCAUCAGACGUUUUUCUUGACAUUCCUGAACAAGAUAUGAGGUGGUUUCUAUCAAACGACGAUAUUUUGGCGAGCGAAGCACAAUUGUUAGAAUCUUUAAUUCGCUGGUACAAGUAUUCUAAGCUGGAGAGAGAAGAAUCUUUUAAAAGACUUCUUAAUCUCAUUCAUAUGGGAAGCAUUCCAGAUCUUUUUCUGAAGAAACUGACAAAUGACGAUUGCCUCGAUGAGUUGAAGUCGCUCUCUGGUUACAAGUUAAAAGACGACGUUUCCGACGAAGAUGUUUAUAAGGCAGCGCAUUUCUACAAUGUCGCGUUGUUUGGAUUAACACACCGGCUGCAUUAUACACAUUCCUACAAUCUGUGCUACUGGCUUCCCUUUGCAGGACCUUGGUCUCUUAUUGCUCGUGUCCCUCAUAACAAAUCGAUGCUGGCUAAUGGAACUCCUCUUAUUUACACCAAUUCUGGACUGUACGUUCAAGUGCCUUGGAACAAUCCCAAACUGGCUUUUCACCGAAAUCCGUUGACUGCGCGACAUUUCUUUCCAAACUCGGGCGUUGCACCAACAUGUGACAUCGAGCCAUCUGCACCCAUGACAUUUGAUUGCGCUGCUGUAACUAUGGGUCGUGAUAUCUAUCUGAUUGGCGGAAUGUCCAUGCAGGAGGUUGCAGAGGUGAAGCGAACCGUACAGCGGUACGACGUCGAAAAGCAGACGUGGACAUCGGUGGCGGACAUGUGCGAACCAAGAUAUGAGCUCACAGCGGUGAACUACAAAGAUGAAUACCUCUUCGUGUUUGGUGGUAUCGAUGGUUCGGCGCACAGGCAAUGCUUGACGACUGUAGAAAGAUAUGAUCCCAUGGAAGACCGCUGGUCAUACGUGAAGCCCAUGCACCAGCCUCGAUCUAGUGCGUUUGCCUUCGUCCACGAUGAAAAGAUUUUUGUAAUUGGAGGAGAGCGAGGUGAAGACGUCACGCCGAAUGACUGUGAGGUGUACGAUCCCGUGACAGACGAUUGGCAGGUGAUUGACAUCCAAGUCAACAAGCUUUUCACCCUCAAAGGGCGUGCUGACAAAGGAUCCUUUCUGCAUCUUGAUGGUAGUAGGGAAAACGGAAGGCGUGGCACAGAGACAUUAGAUCCUGUUAUGUACGAAGAAGCGAAAAUCACUCGACCGUACGUGACAUGUAUCAAUGGUGCUAUCACCGUCCUUGACUUCAGCACAUGUGCAGAUGGACAGCGGAAAGCAGAAUUCUACUUUAUUGACCCCGUCUCUGGUGAUUUUAGUAUGCUACAUUCACUCUUUACAUGGCCGACGGACAUCUCGUACGGCGCGAUCAUGCCGCUUAGCCGGAGGGAUGUGAUCAAGGCACUCAAGGAUUAUUCUGCCCAGGACUCUUCUAAAAGUCAUUAUUGAACGAUCGCCGUUAGAUGGAAUUAGGAACUUUUCUAUACCGGAAGUGAUUAGGUAUAUAUCUUACGGCGGCUCUCUUUCAUUUUUUUCUAAUUUUACCUAGCUUUUUUAUAAUUCUCAGAAUCAUGAGUAUGUUAGUUGGACAGGAUAGAGGAUUCCUUUCAUUCUCAGAUGGCCAGUAGAUGCCCAAAAUGGACAAAAAUCCACGGGCAAUACAGUCAAAGUUAGGUGAAGUUGUGGUGUGAAAUUUUGACCUUAUCGGUGUUUUAUUCGUAAAAGUAAUUCUGUAUUUCCACGCCAUGAAUUGUGAAACUGAUACGUCUCUACUCUGCCUUCUUGGUAGAAAACCGGAAAACGAGCAGAUUAGAAGUCACUACAAACCUCUUUUCACCUCAUCGCUCUCUUCUUUAAAAUUGUAAGAAUGCUGAUUUUUUGUUCUUUAACGCUGCUAGAUGAAGUUGCCCAGAAAAAUGGGAUGCAAAAUAAAAUGUUAGAGUUUGUUUU